AUGCCUGCAGAGAUCAAAUAUCAGAGCGUGGACAUUAGCGAUGCUACUGCUAUGAAAGAGCUGAAGCAGAAGAUCGGCCCUCAUGCUGGCAUUUUCAAUUUGGCUGGUGUCCUGAGUGAUGCAUGGCUAGCAGAUUUGAACUGGGACAAGUUUGCAGCGCCGCUUAAGCCUAAAGUGUACGGGACUCAGCACCUACACGAUUUCGCGGCAGAAGAUGCGAAGACGUUUGUGCUUUUCUCUUCCAUGGCUUCUCUCUUCCCCUUCCCUGGCCAGAUCAAUCAUUCGGCAGCCAACGCUUUUGAAGAUGCCUCGGCUCAUGAGCGAACCCUGGCUGGACGCCCCUCCUUGUCAAUCAACUGGGGUCUCUGGAUGGAUGUUGGCUCUGCUAAGCGAGCUCUAGAGCUGGGACGGAGGCAGGGCAUCCGAGCCAUGGGUAAUCAAGAGGCUUUGGCAUCUUUGCGGCAAGUUCUUGGAAUGUGUGGGAGUUUGGGGCUGAUUCAAGUCGCCAUUUGCCCAAUAGACUGGGUCAAGUAUACCAAGCACAACAAGACCACCGAUCUGCCGAUAGAUCGCCGACUGCGAGGUCUUCCGGUGUUGCAGGGCUUUCCGCUAGAUCCCAAGUUUGAUGAGAUUCCAAUGGGCUCUAUACUGCAGACACCAAAGCCGACUGAGUCUCAGGCAGCAAGGCAGGCGAUUCCGACAGCACAGCAGCCGCAGCAGCAACAGCAACAGAGCCUCUCCGUGCAGCACAUGCUGCAGUGGGCAGAGGGAUCCAUCUCAGCUGAGUCCGACGCUACGCCAUCGCAGCAGCUUGCCCGCGAACCACUUGCACGUAAUGUGGCGACUGGGUCAACGACGCCACAGGAGCUCCUUUCAGGAGGACAUCCUGUCCUGAUGCCGGAAACAGACAGGGCGAAUGAUUUGCUCUACGCUGGCAACAGAGUUCAGGUCUCUACCCCGCUGCAGGAGCAUGGCGCAUCAGAGGAGGACGUGUCAGCUGCACUGCUGAAGCUGAUUCAGCGGACCCUUGCGAGCGGAGACACCCAAUUUCGUGUGGAAGCUGAUGUCAGCUUUGCAGAGCUUGGCAUGGACUCGCUCUUUGCUGCAGACUUUGCCCGUGCAGUCGCACGUGAGAUGGGUGUGGAAGUAGAGGCAGCUGUGCUGCAAAGCUCCACUAUCCAUAGCCUCACACAGUUGAUUCUUUCCGCAGGAUCAGGCAGGCAGGCAAGUAGCCAGCCGCGACAGCUCACAUGA